AUGACCGAGGAGAGCUCCGAGGUGCCCAGGGAGUUGAUAGAAAGCGUAAAGGAUGUUAUUGGCCGAAAGAUAAAAAUUGCAUUGAAGAAGAAAGUGAAAUUGGAAGUUAAGGGGGACAAAGUUGAAAACAAGGUGCUGGUGCUAACAUCAUGCAGAGCCUUCCUGGUAACAGCACGAAUCCCCACCAAGCUCGAGGUAACCUUCAGCUACUUGGAGAUUCAUGGCGUCAUCUGCAGCAAGCCAGCUCAGAUGGUCGUGGAAACUGAGAAGUACAGCCUCUCCAUGAAGAUGGCAUCGCCCGAGGACGUGAGCGAAGUGCUGGCUCACAUCGGCACCAGCCUGCGGAAGAUAUUUCCCGGCCUCUCCCCAGUGAGAAUCAUGAAGAAAGUCUGCAUGGAGCCAUCUGAGCGACUGGCCAGUCUCCAGGCUCUGUGGGACAGCCAGACUGUGGCCGAGCAGGGCCCCUGUGGUGGAUUUUCUCAGAUGUAUGCCUGUGUUUGUGACUGGCUUGGAUUUUCAUACAGGGAAGAAGUACAGUGGGAUGUGGAUACCAUUUAUCUGACACAAGACACCAGGGAAUUGAAUUUACAAGACUUCAGUCAUCUUGACCACCGGGACCUAAUACCUAUCAUUGCUGCUCUGGAAUACAAUCAGUGGUUCACUAAGCUGUCCUCAAAGGAUCUAAAACUGUCCACUGAUGUCUGUGAACAAAUCUUGAGGGUGGUGAGUAGGUCCAAUCGACUGGAAGAAUUGGUGUUGGAAAACGCUGGGCUUAGAACAGAUUUUGCACAAAAACUGGCCAGUGCUCUGGCACAUAAUCCCAACUCAGGACUCCACACGAUUAACCUUGCUGGCAACCCACUGGAGGAUCGAGGUGUGUCAUCUUUAAGUAUUCAGUUUGCCAAACUCCCAAAGGGGUUAAAAUAUUUAAAUUUAUCUAAAACCUCAUUGUCACCUAAAGGGGUGAACAGCCUUUUUCAGUCACUCAGUGCCAACCCGUUGACCGCCACCACCCUUACCCAUCUGGACCUCUCAGGGAACAUCCUUCGCGGAGAUGACCUCUCGUCCAUGUACAGUUUUUUGGCCCAGCCAAAUGCCAUUGCUCACCUGGAUUUAUCUAAUACAGAAUGUUCCCUGGACAUGGUCUGUCGAGCCCUCCUCCGUGGAUGCCUUCAGUACUUAGCUGUGCUCAAUCUCUCCAGAACUGUCUUUUCUCACCGGAAAGGAAAAGAAGUACCCCCAUCUUUCAAGCAGUUUUUUAGUAGUUCUCUGGCUCUGAUGCACAUCAACCUUUCAGGCACAAAACUGUCUCCCGAGCCCUUAAAAGCGCUGUUAUUGGGCCUGGCUUGUAAUCAUAACUUGAAGGGGGUCUCUCUUGAUCUCAGCGGCUGUGAGCUGAGAUCUGGAGGUGCUCAAGUAUUAGAAGGCUGCAUUGCCGAAAUUCACAACAUCACCAGCCUAGACAUCUCCGAUAAUGGUUUAGAAUCUGACCUGUCUACCUUAAUAGUGUGGCUCAGUAAAAACAGAUCAAUACAACACCUGGCAUUAGGCAAAAAUUUUAAUAAUAUGAAAUCCAAAAAUCUGACACCUGUGUUGGACAACUUAGUGCAGAUGAUUCAAGAUGAAGAAUCACCUCUGCAGUCCCUGUCCCUGGCUGUCAAACUCAAGACUGAGGUCACCAUCAUCAUCAACGCCCUGGGAAGCAACACCUCCCUGACCAAAGUGGACAUCAGUGGGAAUGGAAUGGGGGACAUGGGAGCAAAGAUGCUGGCCAAGGCACUGCAGAUCAACACCAAGCUCAGGACUGUUAUAUGGGACAAGAACAACAUUACGGCGCAAGGCUUUCAAGAUAUAGCUGUUGCUAUGGAAAAGAACUACACGUUGAGAUUUAUGCCAAUUCCUAUGUAUGAUGCUUCUCAAGCCUUAAAAACAAACCCUGAGAAAACAGAAGAGGCUCUGCAGAAGAUAGAAAACUAUCUGCUCCGGAAUCAUGAGACGAGAAAAUACCUUCAAGAGCAGGCCUACCGCCUCCAGCAGGGCAUCGUCACCAGCACCACCCAGCAGAUGAUUGACAGAAUAUGUGUGAAAGUGCAAGAUCAUCUCAACUCCUUACGAACCUGUGGGGGAGAUGCUGUCCAGGAAGAUUUAAAGUCAGCAGAAAGGCUCAUGCGUGAUGCUAAGAAUUCUAAAACGUUGUUACCAAAUUUAUACCACGUUGGUGGUGCAUCUUGGGCGGGAGCCACUGGCUUGUUAUCCAGUCCAAUUCAGGAAACCCUGGAAUCAAUGGCUGGAGAAGUGACAAGAGUUGUAGAUGAACAACUAAAGGCAUUGCUUGAGUCCAUGGUUGAUGCUGCUGAGAAUCUUUGUCCCAACGUGAUGAAAAAAGCCCACAUUCGACAAGACUUGAUUCAUGCCAGCACUGAAAAGAUUUCCAUCCCGCGUACCUUUGUUAAAAAUGUCCUGUUGGAGCAGUCUGGAAUUGAUAUCCUUAACAAAAUUAGUGAAGUGAAGUUGACAGUGGCCUCCUUCCUGUCUGAUCGAAUUGUGGAUGAAAUUCUGGAUGCACUUUCCCACUGCCAUCAUAAACUGGCUGACCAUUUCAGCAGACGUGGCAAGACCCUUCCUCAACAAGAGUCCUUAGAGAUCGAGCUGGCUGAGGAGAAGCCAGUUAAACGCUCCAUCAUCACGGUGGAGGAGCUCACAGAGAUAGAGCGUCUGGAAGAUCUGGAUACUUGUAUGAUGACUCCUAAGUCCAAGAGGAAGACUAUUCACAGCCGAAUGCUGCGGCCUGUUUCCAGGGCCUUUGAAAUGGAGUUUGAUCUUGAUAAAGCCCUGGAAGAAGUGCCCAUUCACAUCGAAGACCCGCCUUUCCCAUCUGUCAGACAAGAGAAACGGAGCUCAGGGUUUCUCUCUGACUUGCCCUCUGAGGAAGGAAAGAAGCUGGAGCACUUCACCAAGUUAAGACCAAGACGGAUCAAGAAGCAGCAAUCUACCCAAGCAGCGGUCUGUGCCUCCAGCAUAGUCUCCCAAGAUGGUGAACAGAACGGUCUUAUGGGGAGAGUAGAUGAAGGUGUAGACGAAUUUUUCACCAAGAAGGUGACCAAAAUGGAUUCCAAGAGAUGGUCAGGGAGAGGCUCAGAGUCCCACGAGCUCAGCGAAGGAGACGAGAAGAAAAAGCGAGACUUUCGGAAAAGUGGCUUCCUCAAUCUAAUCAAACCCCGGUCCAAACCUGAGCGGUUACCAUCAGGCUUGAUGGCGGAAGAGCUCUCCCCACCAAAGGCAGGUGUCAGGGGUCCAGCCGUGGACUCACCUCGGAAGGACACGAAGCCAGCCGAGCACAACGACAACGCUGAUCGGACAGAGGAGAUCCGAACACCCGACUCCCUAGAAGAAUGUCAAGGGGAGGAUGUGGGGAAGGUGGACCGAAGCGACAGCAAGGGCAGCCCCCAGGCCGGGCGAAGGUACGGGGUCCAGAUGAUGGGCGGCGGUCUGCUGGCGGAGAUGAAAGCCAAGCAGGAGAGGAGAGCCGCUUGCUCGCUGAAGAAACUUGGGAAUGAUGCUGUCUCCCAGGAUUCUUGCAACCUGGCCUUGAGCAGCACAGAACGGCUGGAUGGAGGUGGGGCAGUGCCCAAACUGCACCCAGAGAACCGCUUUGGUUUGGGGAUGCCAGAAAAGAAUGCCAAAGCAGAGCUCAAAGUGGAGGCGGGCCCCCGGACUCGGAGCUUUUCCAGCAGACCCGCCAGCCCGAAGCCCCUCGUGCAGUCCCCCAAACCCAGCCUGCCGGUGCGGCCCACCAUCCCGCAGAAACCAAGAACCGCCUCACGGCCUGAGGACAUCCCAGACUCGCCAUCAAGCCCGGGGUCCCCUAAAGUUGCUCUUCUUCCACCUGUCCUGAAAAAAGUUCCCUCGGACAAGGAGAAAGAUGGCCAGAGUAGCCCGCAGCCCAGCCCCAGGACAUUUUCCCGGGAAGUGCAAAGAGGAGAUUAUUACAAAAGGCAUUCAGAUCAUGACAGUGGCAAGCCUUCCAGUAGAGGGAAAAGAUCUUCAAAACUGUCCUCCACCAUUGCAGAAGAGGAAGUGAAUGCAAUUGGGCACAGGAAGUCACAGCCAACAAAUGUGUCGAGGAGAAGCUGGGGCCAGCAGGCCCAGGAGUGUCCAGAACACAAGCAGUGGUCCUCCAGUAAAGAUGGCCAUCAGGGCAGCAAGUCUAGCGACUCUGGGGAAGAAGCAGAGAAGGAGUUUAUUUUUGUGUAAAGGGACCCGGGCUGCAGACAUCUUGCUGCACGCAGUGCUUUUGUCAGCCAGUAGAGGGCAACACCGCUUCCUACUCUCUAAGUGUUCUUCUCUGGGUGCUUUGUUUUCUUUUUCCUUCUUCCUUUGCUUUUUUUUCCCCAAACCCAAAACAGAUCCAUUUCUUGGUAAUCAAAAGUACGUGUGUUUGAUCUGCUCCCAACCCUUGGCAUUUGAUUUCUCUCCAUUCCUUCAUAUGCCUUCAACGAAUGCCAGCAAUCAUCCCACGGGCCCUACUUGAAUUUCUCUGAGGCAGCUACAGUUUGCCCUGGAAGGUAACUGGAUACACACUCACAAGUAACACCAUCCCGCUGACCGGAGGGUACCACUUCAUGUACCUGUGUCAAAGCUGCACUUGAUAAAGCAAUUUAUUCUUGCUGUAUGCAAUUGCACAUUGUAAUUAUAUUAACAGAGCACACUAAUAAGUAACUUGUAUAAAUUAUAUAUAUUAGAUCUUGGGUAUGGUUUAUACCUUCUCCCAUGGGGAACUUCUUCCUUCCUGAUGUGGAAUUGUACAUUUAAACUUGGUCGGUGAUCUUUGCAACACCAUCAACAAGCGAGUGAAGGACAGUGAGAGGCCCACACCUGCUUCUACCAUGUGCCCAGGUUAAUGUAUAUAGUUGAUGGGAAUGAGGUUUUAUGAAUAUUCGUGGUUUUUGAAGGCCUUUAAUUUCUGUCUGCAUAUUAGCUUUUAUGUGUGAUUAAGAGAAUACUUUGACACCUGUAAAAAAAAUUCAAAACACUACUUUUUAAGACAUUUCACAAAUACUCACUUACAUUACAGGCUGAAGGUAUUUUAUUCAUAUGUAUAUUUAUACCAAUAAAAUGAUUUUACAAGUGGAA